CUGGAAACCCCAGACGAUGGAGUACGACGGCUCGCUGCUGCUCAUGCUCCCGAGCUUCCGGCGCUGCCUCGAAGACGAUGCUCUGCAUGCGAUGGAGACGGCCUAUGGCAUGCGCCGGCCAGACCCGGUAGCCCAUGCGCCCACCGCGCCAACGACGACGACCUCCAAGCACCUCGCGCGCUACACGUCCUGGAAGCUCGACCCGACCAAGAUCGACGCGCUCGUCCAGGCCGAGACGAAGGGCGUGGCCGCGCUGGCCCGCGUGACGUCGACGCAUUGCGAGCCCGAUGGUCGCGCCAUGGAGCUCGAGUUCUACGCGUCGGGCAAGCGUGGCAUGCUCUUCGUCAACAAGCUUCGGACGGCCUUGGUCAAGGUGCAGAAGCUCGACGGGCAUGGGAUCGAGGUCAUUGAGAAGGAGACCAAGUGGCUUCGCAUCGUUAACCGCAUCUCGAUGGGGCCGCGCCUUCUUGGCGCCGGCGACGGGUACUUUAUGUGCGAAUUCCUCGCCGACGGCGUCGACGCUGUCGCCUUUCUCCAGGCCCCAUCGACGUCGCGUGGCGACGCACUCUGGUUUCUCCGCAGCGUCUUGUACCAAUGCUACGCCCUCGACCGGCUCGGCAUCAACAAGGCCGAGAUGAGCCACCCAAUGCGCCACAUCAUCGUCGUCGGUGCUCGAGUCGUCUUUGUCGACUUCGAGAAAUGCACGUACGGCCGACAGCGCCGGAACGUCACCCAAGUCUGCCAGUUCCUGUCCUCGCCCCGUAUCGUGGCAGCGGUCAUGGCCAAAGGCCACAGCUUUGCGCUCGACAAGGUGCGUGCAGCGACCAAGGCGUACAAGGCCAACCCGCACUCGGCGACGCUGGCCGCCAUCUUGCACGCGCUGCAUCUCGCAUGAGCCGCCGCUUUGCGCUACUUGAUGUCCAUCAGCCCUGGCUUCCGCCGCUACGAUGCGAGCUCCAUGUCGUCUCGAGCCCAUCAUGCGGACUGCCGGCAGCAACGACGCCACGGUCAUACCAUGGGCAUAGGAUAAGGUCCGUGAAGGGCCUGCGAUAGCACGUAGGGAUUGUAGUCUUGUACAUUGCUAGUCGCAUGAGCCGACUGCAGGCCCAUUGCUCACGCGCCAGC